AUGCGUCAGUCAACCGCCGCGAAUCGCACUUCCAUCUACCCCAAUGCCGCACCCGUGAAUACCGCGGCGCAGAUGGCGACUUUGACCGAGAAGAAGAAGGAGUUCGACGGCGUUGCCGCGCUUGAGCGGUCUAGCGCGUUCAUGAGGCAGCAGAUUGAGGAUAUCGCGGAGGAUUGCGAUAUCAUGGGGGCGGCGAGUGAGACUAUGGGUACGGUGACAGGCCAGUGGUCGAAGAUGUUCGAGAUCUUGGCGUUGUUCUUAUCCUCAACCGGCCAAGAUCCAGAAAUCCAGGAUCCCUCACAAAUAGACGGCCAGCGCCUCGUUCGACUGCCUCUCGAUCAGCUGCAUCAGGAAGCAGCGCACCCUUCCCCGGAUGCGUCCUCAGGAUGA